GAGACCGAGAGCAAAGAGCGAGAGCGAGGGAGAGGAGAGGAGAGGAGAGGAGAGGAGGGGAGAGAGGAGAGGGAGGGAGGAAAGACACGCAAGCACAGGCACACCGGCUCUGGAAUUCCAUUAGAAAAAAGUGAGCCGAGCAAGGGUUAGCGGGAGAAGAUUUUUUUUUUUUUGAAUCUUUUUCUUCGUCUUGGUGCCAAAGAAGCGACUCUGGUCUCCCGUCCUAGAAGCUCCUACUGGAUUGCUCCUAUUCCGUCGGUGGAUUUCUUUCCUAUUCGCAUUUAUUCUGACCCCCUCCCUCGCUGCUUCCUUCCAGCCCUUCACUUUCAGAUCGCCUCGCCCCCACCUCUCCAGUCCCCUCCUGGGAAGUGCAGGGGAAUUGGACCCACGGGGACUCACGCCUUCCCGGACGCGCGAGCAAAGGGCUGGGCUGACCUCAGGACCAGGCUGUUGGCUUAGAAGGCAGCCAGACACAUAGCUACGUGUGUUUGAUUUCAGUGGCAAGGGGGGACGUCGAGAGGCAGCCCACCGCCCGCCUCCUACCCCUCCCCCUCCAACCAGCAGUGAGAAUCCCAGGACUCGGGAUCUUCAACCGGCGGCCGCCCGGCGGGAUCUCCGCAUUGGAUUUGGGGGUCGUUAUUGCUCGGCUGUUAUUAUUAUCGUUAUUUUAUUUUUAUUUUUUAAACCUAAGGGAGAAAGACACAUACACACAAAACUGUGGGAUUUAUUUAACAUGAUCUUGGCAAACGCCUUCUGCCUCUUCUUCUUUUUAGGUGAGGAGUUCUAUGAAGCUUCCCCCUAUGAGCCUGUGACCUCGCGCCUCUCGGACAUCUUCAGGCUCGCUUCAAUCUUCUCAGGGACAGGGACAGACCCGGCGGUCAGUACCAAAAGCAACCACUGCCUGGAUGCCGCCAAGGCCUGCAACCUGAAUGACAACUGCAAGAAGCUUCGCUCCUCUUAUAUCUCCAUCUGCAACCGUGAGAUCUCUCCCACCGAACGCUGCAACCGCCGCAAGUGCCACAAGGCUCUGCGCCAGUUCUUUGACCGUGUGCCCAGCGAGUAUACCUACCGCAUGCUCUUCUGCUCCUGUCAGGACCAGGCAUGUGCUGAGCGUCGCCGGCAAACCAUCCUGCCCAGUUGCUCCUAUGAGGACAAGGAGAAGCCCAACUGCCUGGACCUGCGCAGCCUGUGUCGUACAGACCACCUGUGCCGGUCCCGACUGGCAGAUUUCCACGCCAACUGUCGAGCCUCCUACCGGACAAUCACCAGCUGUCCUGCGGACAACUACCAGGCAUGUCUGGGCUCCUAUGCUGGCAUGAUUGGGUUUGAUAUGACACCCAACUAUGUGGACUCCAACCCCACGGGCAUCGUGGUGUCUCCCUGGUGCAAUUGUCGUGGCAGUGGGAACAUGGAAGAAGAGUGUGAGAAGUUCCUCAGGGACUUCACGGAAAACCCAUGCCUCCGGAAUGCCAUUCAGGCCUUUGGUAAUGGCACAGAUGUGAACAUGUCUCCCAAAGGCCCCUCACUCCCAGCUACCCAGGCCCCUCGGGUGGAGAAGACUCCUUCACUGCCAGAUGACCUCAGUGACAGCACCAGCCUGGGGACCAGUGUCAUCACCACCUGCACAUCUAUCCAGGAGCAAGGGCUGAAGGCCAACAACUCCAAAGAGUUAAGCAUGUGCUUCACAGAGCUCACGACAAACAUCAGUCCAGGGAGUAAAAAGGUGAUCAAACUUAACUCAGGCUCCAGCAGAGCCAGACUGUCGGCUGCCUUGACUGCCCUCCCACUCCUGAUGCUGACCUUGGCCUUGUAGGCCUUUGGAACCCAGCACAAAAGUUCUUCAAGCAACCCAGAUAUGAACUCCCGCCUGACAAAAUGGAAACACACGCAUACACACAUGCACACACACACAAACACACACACACACACACACACACACACACACACACACACACACACACACACCCCUUGCAAAAACACUUUUUUUCCUACAUUGUCUCUGAACCUUUCUCCUCCCAAGUUUCUUCUCUGGAGAAGUUUUUCUAAACCAAACAGACAAGCAGGCGGGCAGUCAGAAGCCUGCCCAGAGGUCCCCUGCAAGGGACACCCAGCACCAACGAGGGCUCAAGGCUCUUGAGAGACUCUUUUCUCUUCACUGGUGUUUUCUCUCUGGACAAGAUGAGACCCUGAUGUGGAAGGUACUUUGCUGUGCCUGGUGUGGACUGGGGAAAGGACAGUUGCAGCUGCCUACUCUGGGGACCUGCCCAAGGGUUCACAGAGAGUCUCAGUCAGCAAGGAAGCAGGGCUGGCCACAAGGACUUUGUCACCUCUUCCUCUUGGCUUCAGAGAUGGAAAUGGUUUGCUGCCAUCCCCAGCCAUUAUGUGGCCUAGUGGGUUUAAGUCUGGAGUAGGAAGCCUCAUGGCAGCUUCAGGCCAUGGUGCCUGUAGUAUAGCUGGGGUUGGGAGCUGUUACAGGAGGAAGCUUCUUUGGGGCAUGAGCAAGCCUUGGUUGGGCACCAGCUCCAAGAUGUACCUUCCUCCUUUAUGCCAGGAAUCUUGAAGUCAAAGAGAAAUGAUCCUCUGUUGGCUCUUUUUUGUUUGUUUUUGAAUUUUUUUGUGGGUCCAUUUGGCAGGUCUCUCUUGGGGAGAAGGGCUGUUGAGUGGGGCUGGGGAGACCCUAGCUGGGCGUGUGUAUGGAGCACUCUGGUGGGUUCCCAAGCUUGCCCCUUCUCUCUUCUUGUUUCUGCUUUCUCUCUCAUUUCUGAGACAUUCAUGCACUGUCUGUACAUACUGGGUCUCCUUUCUCAACAUAUGUGUAUAUCCAUAUCCAUAUAUCCUAUGAUUUUACUCUUUCUUUCAUUUUUUUUAAAGAAACAAAACUAUGGAAAUAAUACCCUACAGAUGAGCGAAAAUGUAUUAUUGUAAAGUUUAUUUUUUUUAAUAAUGUUGUCUAUGAUGGGAAGAAAGGUACCAGGACCCCUGAGCCCUGGUCCAGUUGGGCUGGUGGGGCUGUGGCCGGGGACUCCCGAUUGCAUUCACUCUUAACCAAGCUCCAAUAAACGUACUAGGAAGCGA